AUGGGUAGACCAAUACACCAAAUGGAUGUGAGAAGCGCCUUUUUGUAUGGAGAUAUAGAAGAACAGUUGUUCAUUACUUGUAUAAUUAAAAAACGAAAAAGCUUAAAUCAAAAAAUCUAUUAUUGUGUUAAACGACCCAUUGAUUUUUUGGUAACUGACAAAAAAACACUGGAGACUGCUUUGGAAGUAGGUUACAGACAUUUCGACACUGCAUAUGUAUACGGCAACGAACAUAUCAUCGGCAAGGUCCUCAACAAGUGGUUUUCAUCUGGAAAACUCAAGAGAGACGAUGUUUUCAUAACUACGAAAUUGCCAUUUCACGGAGCUAUAACUUCUGUUUUUCAUAAUGUGGAGAAAUUUCUUAAGGAGUCCCUGGCGGCCCCACAAAUGAAUUAUGUUGACCUAUAUUUAGUCCAUUCCCCGAUUCGAAUGAGAGGCAGGUGUGGGGGCGUAGACGGAUUGUCUAUGGAUCAUGUAGGCGUUUGGCGCGAAAUGGAGAAACAGGUGAAGGCGGGUCGCGCCAAAACGAUUGGCGUCUCUAAUUUCAAUCAAAGACAAGUAGAGAGACUUCUUAAAGAGGCAGAAAUUAAACCAGUCUGCAACCAAAUCGAAUUAAAUGUGUAUCUACCUCAAACGCAAUUAAUGGAAUUCCUCCAAGCGAAUGGAAUCGUUGUAGUUUCGUUUUAUUCUUUAGGAAGCUCUAGACCGAUAGAACGACGAGACAAGAUUGGCUUACCUCAAACAGCUGCAAGAUCAUCCGGAAUAUCCUCACCCUGUACGAGACGACUAACCUGGCUUUAUUUGUGUAAUAUGCCAAAUAAAAAAUAUAUAAAUGUAUAA